AUGGCCAACCUCACGGGAACACCAUCCGGCAACCAUUUGCCAGGCGUGCGGACGAACUCAGAGAAGAAGCUCGGUGUCUUGCACUACACAUCCUGCAUCGACUUUGGUUGGAUUGGAGACAUUCGCAAGCGCUAUACUGAUUUUAUUGUCCACGAAGUUCGAAAGGAUGGCACCGUCGUCUAUCUUUCUGACGUCGUGGAAAUGGACCCGGAAAAGCUGCGCGCUGAACCUGAGAAGACUGAACGGGUAGCUUUAAUUGAGCAUAAGCAUGUUCCCGAAUCGAAGACAGAAGAACCAGAAGCGGCCGAGAUCUCGAAAGAAGACGCCGAUGCACUCAGCAUUCUGCUGGGUGCCGAGGCAGCAAAGGAGCUCCAGGAAAUGUACGCGGCCAUUGUUGCUGGCGGGGUGGACCGAAAUGCAAAGGUCACUUUUGCCGUCAGCUCUGACCGCAGCCAACGCGGUCACAUUCACCAGGAAAUCCGGCGCAUCUUCUUCGGUCGCUUCGAAACACAAGCGGACCCCAACAGCGGGUCCAUUUCGGCGCAGCCGGUGUCUGGCCGUGGAAAACCGCGGGUCCCUCGCCGCAACCUUAAUGGGCCCAACUGGCGCGAGAACCGGGACAGCCGCGACAGCCGGGACAACCAGGGGCGCAACGCUGGCGGUCCCAACCCGCCGCGCAAGGGGCCGUACCUCCAUUUCACUCUCUACAAGGAGAACAAGGAUACAAUGGAGGCAAUCAACCACCUUGCGCGGAUGAUGAAGAUGAAGUCGGUCAACUUCGGCUUCGCGGGCACCAAGGAUCGCCGUGCUGCUACCACCCAGCGUGUUAGUGUUAAGUACCAUGGCCACGUUGAUCCUGCCUGGCUGAACUCGCGCAACAACAACAUCAAGGUCGGGGAUUUCAGCUACCACAAAGCGCCUAUCCAGCUUGGCCAACAUGGCGGUAAUGAGUUCACCAUUGCUAUCAAGAACGUUGAGCUGGCGCGGGGGAAGAACUGCUCCUUGAGUCACCGCCUCCGGAUGGCCGAGUCUUGCGUCCAGGCUGCGCUCGAUCACAUCCAGCAAAAUGGCUUCAUCAACUACUUUGGUCUUCAGCGCUUCGGCACCCACGCCAUUGGGACCCAGGAGGUCGGCCUGAAGAUUCUCAGCGGAGACUUCGAGUCGGCCUGCGACUACAUCCUUCACGUGGAUCCUGCACUGAUGGCACGCCUAAACGAUCCCGAUGUCGAGCUUGCGUUCCAGCGGGAUGAGAUCAGCCGCGCCCGGGCCAUCAGCCUGUUCAAGACCAAUGGCGAUACUGGUCCUGCUCUUCAAACCCUACCAAAACGUUACGGUGCCGAAUCGGCCAUUCUCCAACAUCUGAGUCGCAGCCUUGCAUCGCGCCGCGACUUUUGCGGUGCUCUUCUCAAGAUCACUCGCGGCCUGCGCAAUCUCUACAUCCAUGCGUACCAAUCGCUCGUGUGGAAUUGGAUAGUCAGUCGACGCUGGUCCAAGUUUGGCAACACGGUCAUCGCCGGAGACCUGGUGCUUGUCGAGUCCGAAGUGAACCCUGCUCGGUACCGUUCGGGCAUGGACAUGUCAGAAGAUCUGAACCAGGAUGAAGAGCAAUUUUACCAGGAAGCUCGUGUGCUGACCGCCGAGGAUGCAGCCAGCGGCAAGUACACAAUCUUUGACAUUGUGCUUCCUGUGCCUGGCUACGACGUUCUGUACCCAGAGAAUGAGAUUGGCGAAUUCUACGUCGAGUUCAUGGGCCGACCGGAAAACGGUGGGCUGAACCCAUACCGGAUGCGCCGCCCACAGAAGGAGUUCAGUCUCAGCGGCUACUACCGGAAGAUCAUGGCGCGCUUUUCGACUGUUCCCAAGUUUUUCGUCCGUCCGUACAUGGACGAUUCCGAGCAGAUGCACCCAACUGAUCUCGAUGAAAUCAGACUACGUAAGGCUGGAGAGGGUCAGAAGCAGGCGGGUUCGCUUGCUCCUGUUGCGGAAUCGACCAGCACCAGCGAUAACACCGAAACCGGUGAUAUAGCGGACUCAACUACCAUCCAGGAUGAGACGAGCCGUCGCCGUCGUUUGACGCCUGACCGACCACAAGAUCCUCCCGAAAAACGUGUUAAUGACGCGUGGAUCGAGACCAAGUUGGACGGUAGCAGCAAGCGUGUCAAGCUGGAAGUCGCACAAGCAGUCGAUGAGAACGUUGCUCCAGCAGGGGAACCCGUCUCCACCAAACCGAUUGUGUCCACUUCUGAGCCUCUUGUUGAUUUGCCUAUGGGCGACUCGAAAGCAAACGAGACUGAUGUUGCCACCGGUGUCUUGUGCAAUGACAAGGCUCUCCCAACCAUGGAGGACGUCUCGCGCCUCUUCGACGACCAGACAGAGCAACAGGGGAAUUUCAGUAUGGGUCCAUUGACAACCCCACGCAUUGGUAGCUCUGACAUGCCAUCGCUGGCGGGCCUCACACCUGUUCAGAGCAUCAAAAACGUUUUCAAGGAUGUUCCCGUGGGUGGAGAUAUCAGCAAGGCCCUUAAUUUGACAGCCGCUUGGCGAUCCGGCCUGCCGACUCUUGAAGACGUCGAAGAAAUGAAGAUUGCUGUGGUGCUUAAUUUCCGUCUAAACUCCAGCAACUACGCCACUAUCUGCAUGCGUGAGAUGAUGAGCACUGCUUUCAAUGUUGCCCCAGAGACGAACAGCAGCGGAUCUGGAUUUGGCCAGCUUCUUGGCCAUGGUGGACAUAUCCAUCAUGAAUCUGUGGGCCACACGACGAGUGUCAGUCACUAG